GGAAGAGCCGGCGCCGCGUCUUCCGGAGCGGGGUCUCUGCGCGGCUGUUGGCGAGGCGAGGCUGCUGAUUGAACGCUGCCGCUCGUGGUCCAGAUCUUGAUGAAUCAGUUGUACAUGGUUAAUCUCUGGCAAGAUUGCUUACAUGUUGUCAUUUGAAAUGCCUUGCAUUUGAAUGGUGAUAAAAAAUGGAAAAAGAGAAAAUAAAUGACGGAAACCCGGACCAAAAGGCUUCCUUGGACUUUUCUGAACACUUUAACCAACUUGAAUUAUUGGAAACACAUGGACACCUUAUUCCCACUGGCACCCAGAGUCUCUGGGUAGGGAGUUCUGAUGAAGACGAGGAACAAGAUGAAAAAACUGAGGAGUGGUAUCAAUUGCAGGAAAAGAAGAUGGAAAGAGAUCCAAGCAAAUUGCUUCUUUGGGCUGCUGAAAAGAAUCGGCUUUCUACAGUGCAGAGGCUGCUGUCAGCCAAGGCUGCAGAUGUGAAUACCAGGGAUGAAGAUGAGUAUACGCCUCUCCACCGUGCAGCCUACGGGGGUCACUUAGAUGUGGUCCGGGAGCUGAUCCACCAAGGGGCAGAUGUCCAUGCCGUGACCGUAGAUGGCUGGACACCCCUGCACAGUGCCUGUAAGUGGAAUAAUGCUAAGGUGGCAUCCUUCCUGCUUCAGCACGAAGCUGAUGUCAAUGCGCAGACCAAAGGCCUCCUCACGCCCUUGCACCUUGCUGCUGGGAACCGAGACAGCAGGGAGACUCUGGAGCUCCUCCUUAUGAGCCGCUAUAUCAAGCCAGGUCUCAGGAACCACCUGGAGGAGACUGCAGGCGAUGUCGCCAGGAGGACGAGUAUCUUUCACUACCUCUUUGAAAUAGUGGAAGGCUGCACAAACUCUUCACCUCAGACUUAGCUGUCCCUGUAGUUUCUUGAGAACCAGCACCUGCAGUGGGAGCUGUCAUUUCCCCGUGGCAAAAAAUGACAUCAGUCUUAAUACAGAAUUUCAUGGUCCCCACCUGAUGUGCUUCCAAUUGAAUUGAUGUUCAAAUGUCUGUGAAUUCGACUGUAUAUAUAUCUUUAAUGAUUUCACUGAGGGUUGUGAUUUUGUUGUUUUUAUGGGUACCUAGCAAUGCUCAGGGCUUACACCCGGAUCUUUACUCUGGGUUCACUCCUGUCGGACCCAGGGAAACCUGUGGGGUGCUGCAGGUCUAAUCCAGUCAGUUCAAUAGAAGGCAAGCGCCCACCCCUCUGAACUCUCUGGCUCCAAGGGUUUGGUUUUUAUGUAGUUCUAACCUACCUCUACUUAAAACUUUGUCACAGGCUGUACAGAAAACUAUUGAUAUUUUUGGUGCUGAUCCAAGAGAACUGUGGAUUGUGGGAUUUGGGGGUGUUGUUUUAGCUUGGGGAGGGGACUAUAUCAGUGGUGCUCAGAGGACCACGUGGACUGUCUCUGGCCUGAGAAAUUGUGUGUGUCAAGGGGAUUCCAACCACCAUUCAGAAGGCCAUGCUGCAGUGCUCUGGUACAUGGGCCCCCAGGUGUGGGGCCAUCAGUCAUUCUCAGCUGUGUGAUCACCAGCCUAUGGUCCAGCAGGGCAUGCCCAUCAACCCUUGAGCUACCUCCUGGCCCCAAGAGAAAUAAAUUUUUUAAUUUAUCACUCA